GUGGCCGUUCACAGGAAGGAUGCCCACUUAUCAUAUUUCCUGAUAAUAAUAAUUUUCUGUCAUUGGAAGAUGCGGAUUAUCAAAAACUUAUUCUAUAUCUCACGUCAGUGCCAUCACUGCAAGAUGCUGAUCUCGGAUUUCAUUUAAUAAUUGACCGACGUAAAGAUAAAUGGACAUCAGUUAAAACGGCACUUCAACGUAUUUCUAUCUACUUUCCUGGAAUUAUACAUGUCGUAUACGUUUUACGCCCUUCUGGUUUAUUCCAAAAAGCAAUAUCUGAAGUUAGUACAAAAUUUUCCAAAGAUGAAUAUCGUUUUCGUUUGGUUAUAUGCUCCGCACUUAACGAUUUACAUGAAUAUAUUGAUAAAUCACAAUUAACUGUGGAUAUGGGUGGAACACUAAUUUACUCACAUCAUGAAUGGAUACAACAGCGAAUAUCCCUGGAAAAAUUUUCGAGUUUAACCCAUCAAGUUUCCUCAGAAUUGGAUAUUUUCAUACAAGCCAUACAUGAUACAGAAUUUCCAAACUCAGUUGAAGCUACACAAAAACUGCUGGAUGAUCAGGGUGCAGAUUAUGAUCGUUUAAAGGAGGAAAUUCUUGCUGCUGCUAAACACGGUGAAACGCUACUUAAUAACAUUAAAUCAAACGAUGAAUUUAAAGAGUUUUCAGAACGGACUGGCAAUGUUAGCUCUAUUGAGCGACUACUCGUACAGUUGGAGGAAACCGAGAGACGUUUCGAUGAAUUCUGGCGUACACAUCGUAAUCGCCUAGAGCAAUGUUUGGCGCUAAGAAAAUUCGAACAAGAUUUCCGAGAAGCACAGUAUAUUUUUAAUGCCCACCUAAAAUGUGUUGCGGAAAUGACUGAAAUUGGUGAGAGCGUAAUACGUGUGGACUCACUUAUACAAGAAACUGAGGAAUUUCAAAAAUUCAUUUUUGCUGAUGUGCAACGCGCUGUGGAUAUAAUAGAGGCUGGACAAAAGCUUAUCGGUUUACGUGGUGUUUAUCCAUGGGAAAUUGUACAACCGAAAUGUGAUGAAUUACAGCGCGUUUGCGAUAUAAUUACGGAACGCUUAACGAAACGUUUAGAAAUACUGUCAAAGAAUCGUGAACUUAUGGAAAGAGUAGAAAAGGCUAAUCAGUGGUGUGCAAAUGGUGUGGAGUUAUUAGCUUCACAAAAAAUUGAAAAAUGUUCAGUUUCUACAGAACUUGCAGAGCAAAGUUUAAAAGAAAUACAAGCUUUUAUAGCUUCAGCAUCUGAAUUUAAAUUAUCUAGUCCAAGUGAAUUCAAGAAAAUAUUUUUAGAAAGUACAACACCCGAAACCAAAGCUUUAGUAUCUCAG